AUGGCAGAAAAGGGCUCAUCUUUAGUUGUGGGAUUAUUGGUGAUGGGCAAUGUUAUUAUCAUGCUCUCGGGACUGGCCCUUUACGCUGAGUCCAUCUGGGUAACAGCCAAUCCAUACAAAGUCUACCCCAUCAUGGGAGUGUCGGGCAAGGAUGACGUCUAUGCAGGGGCCUGGAUCUCCAUUUUCACUGGGUUUUCUUUCUUCUGCGUUUGCGUCUUUGGCAUUAUCAGCCUUGUGAAUGGCAACAGGCUCAUGGUGUUGUUGUAUCUGGUGCUGAUCUUGGUUGUCUACCUGUUUGAGUGUGCAUCUUGCAUCACCUCCUACACACAUCGUGAUUAUGUAGUUUCAAAUUCCAGGCUGAUAACCAAACAGAUGUUGUCCUUCUACUCCGCUGACUCACAACAAGGCCGGGAACUCACUCGUAUGUGGAAUCGCUUCAUGAUGGAGCAACAGUGCUGUGGCACUAAUGAUCCCAUGGAUUGGGUGAACUAUACCUCCGUCUUUAGAAGCAGGUACCCUGAGGUUGUGGCCCCUUGGCCAUUCUACUGCUGCAAGCGUGAUCGGAACUUCAUCAUCAUCAAUGAGGAGGGCUGCAGACUAGGUCAUGUUGAUUACAUCAACACUCAGGGCUGCUUUGAGCACAUUAAACAUGCUGUACAGAGCUACGCUUGGGGUGUUUCCUGGUUUGGAUUUGCCAUCCUUAUGCUUACGUGUCCUGUUGUUCUUCUGGCUAUAUACCACUACACCACAAUGUGAAGACCUCAGCAGUGAAGCUGUUUGCCCCACAAUGGGAAAGAAGGUGCCCUUUCCCUAUCAUCUGGGAAGGCUGAAGCAUCCAGGUUCAUGCUUCUAAGGAGCUCUCUGUGGAUUCUUCUUGUACCCAUACUGUACCAUACAUUUCCAGGGCUGGCCUAAUCUCUUGGCUGAAUUUUCCGUGGCUGCCUCUGCUGGGCACCUUUUAACUUUACCAUUCUGUCACAUGAGUCUCCUACGGAAG